AAGGUGGGUGGGUAAUAUCACAGACAUAACUGGAGGACGUGAACACGAAUAAAACUGACAUGUUUCUUUCUCUCUUCCGGGUAAAGAUAAUCAAACUUUCAUUGCUUCGCUUCCAGAAUUUUAACGAUGCAUCUAUACUACAGUACGACUAAUUGACGGCAAACAUAUUCUACCAUACAAUUAAAUAACACGCAACAAAUACAGUUUUGUAGACUUAGAUACUCAAUAGAAAUAAACUUCUUCAAAUUCUUUUGGAAAUACUUUAGUGGUUCUAAAAAACCGCUUUGCAUAAUUUGUUCAAUGUUUAGAACUGUUAAAAUUCAAGAGCUAAUAUCGACAUCUGGGGCACGUUCCGAAUUCAGCUGCAAAUCUAGAUCAAAAACUCAGGUCAUAAAUCUAGUUCUAGAAGUAAGGAACUGAAGUUAUUUUUAGAAUUUUCUGAAUUGCGUUAUAGAACUAAAUUCUAAACUUGAAUUCCAAGUCUUAAUAUAGGAACUGAAUUCAGUUCCAGCAUCUAGUUCCAGAAAUCUUGUUCACAAUUCAUUGUUUCAACAUGUAGGUUUUGAAUUCUGGAAAUGAAUGCUGAAACUGAAUUGAUUAAUUAAAUUCUGAAACUUAGUUUAGGAAUUAAACUCUGGUUUUGAAUUCAUUUUUUGAAUGAAGGUUCGGUGUUCAGACCUAAUAUUUAGUUUCAGAAUCUAAAAUUCAUAUCCUGCAUUUUGUUUAUUAAUUAUGAUGAAUAAAUCCUAAAUCAUAUCUCUGGAUUGAUUCGAAUCCCUGAAUAAGGAACUAAAUUUGAAACCAGUUUCAAAAUUUAGAUAUAGGAUUCAUAGUUAAAAUUCUGAACCUGUAAUCUGGAACUAAAUUUUGAAAUAGAAGUAUGAAACUAAAUUUGGAACUUAAAAUUAACUUCAGAAUUCAGUUGAACCAGAACCUAGGGUUACCACCCCAUUGUUACUGAUGUUGGUGAAAGUAUUUCAGCACGAUUUUCAGUUCCGUCUGACUUACUAGAAAAAAAUAACAAUCCUCGGUCAAGAUUUACCUAUUACACUCGGCCUGUAGAACAUCGGAGCUGAAAUGUGCCUGACGGCCUCACAACCGUCGUCCUGGUUCGAAAAAUGCAAGCAAACGUGGUGAGUUUUCCUCAUUGUUUCCAAAAGUUUGAGAAAACAUAGUUUUCGAAUUAUUUAUGGUUAUUUUACACUGUUGAAAAUUUAUUCACAAAUUCCUGAUUAUAUUUCUGAUAGCAUGGAGAAAAAAUUAUGUUCUUGCGUUAAGUAUAACAAGAGAUAUUCACGAUCAAAAACUUAUCACUCUCCCAGAGGGUAAAUUUUGAAAAGGCGCCCCAUAGUAAAGUAAGUCGUAUUCACGACAAAAUAUUAUCUCAAUCAGCACACAACAGCCACCGACGAGUUAUGUGUUUGCGCGUUCUGAGAUGUGAUAAAGAAAUGUGCUAAACAGUUUUGCAAAGCGUUGCGAUAAAUAAGCUAUUCAUGAUGCUGCCUUAGUUUACAAUCAUACAGCGUUAGUGCACAAUGUGGAUGGGACGGUACCAUAACGGUAAGAUUCUGAUUACUGGAUUCGUAUUAAUUCUAAUAAUAAGUGCAUAUAUCUAUCACAAACACGGUAAACUAUAUAGAGGUGAAAAUAAUGUGAUUGUAUGGUGGAGUCCUUAUGAAAGACAUAUUGAAUAUAAUAGGAAAUGUAGUUAUGUAGAAUGUCGAUUUACCAGUGACCGGAAGGUUGUCAGUGAUCCUUUUUUUCUGGGAUAUUUGUUUCAUGGAACGAACAUAUCGAUUCAUGAUCUCCCUUAUCGCCGGAAACAAGAGUAUUGGUUCUUAUACCAAGAAACAUCUCCCAUUAAUGCUCCUUUUCUACUACAUACUAUGGAUUUGUUCAACAUUACGGCAACCUUCAGUCAGUAUAGUGACAUUCCACUAACGUUGCAAUCUUUUACUAGUCUAGAAGAGUUGAUUGACUACAAAACAAUGUACUCUUUUGGCGAGAAAACAUCAUUCCAACGUAAACUGAAGAUGGCUCCGGUAUUAUACAUACAAUCUCAUUGUGAUACCAUGACUGGUCGAGAAUUAUAUGUCACCGAACUUGGGAAAUAUAUUCAAAUAGAUUCCUUCGGAAAUUGCUUGAAAAACAAAUCAUUCCCAAGUGGAAUCAAGAGCAAUUUUAAUAAUGUUGAGGAUAUCAAGCAUUUUUAUGAUUUUGUGUCCAAAUAUCAAUUUAUUAUAGUAUAUCAAGACUUAGCUUGUGAUGAUUACAUUAUUGAAAAGUUUUGGAAAUCACUUACGCUGGGCGUAGUUCCAAUUUAUUUCGGAGCUCCAAACAUCAGGACUGUUGCUUUUAUAGAACUACUUACCCAAUCCAAGUUCAGCGAUUUUAAUUGAAGAUUUCAACAGACCGGUGGAUUUAGCUGAAUUCUUGAUUAAAGUUUCAAACAACGAAGAGCUCUACAGUAGCUUUUUAUUUCACAAAACAGCCGACGCGUAUCCUAUCUCUAAUCAAUUACUAGUUGAUUAUAUCUAUAAA